AUGCAUUUGACUACAAUUGAUCAAGAAAAAGGCACUUUUAAUUCAGCCAUAGUAAAAAUUACUCACGCAGAUACGCAAUAUCGAUUCGAAAGACAAUCACAACGAAAAUCUCUCGGUAAAGUUAAAGUAGAAAAUCGGCGGCCAUUCGUCAUUGUUGGUAAUGAGACACACUUUACUCGGGAUAUUCAUAUAGGGGAUUUAAUAGUGAUCGGAGAUGAAAAAAAGCAAGUAAUCGAAAUUAUGACCGAUACAAUAUUAAAAAUUUCCAGCAAUGCUACUCAAUUUGUUAACAUCGAAUAUGGAGUUUGGAAAGAAUUUAGCAUUGAGACACGAACAACUAUCAAUGGACUCCUUGAUGUUUACUCAAUGGUAUUCACGAAAUACGCAAUAACAAGUCCAAUCGGUCGCGUGGACAAUCCAUUAACACUUACAAUUGUAGUCGAUAAUUUGACUAAAAAUUUAGAAAACUAUCCGGUUAAAGUUAAAAAUUAUAUCGAAAAAAUGUUUGCAAAGUUUAAAAUAGAAACAAGAAAGCCACUCGGUCAUCUAAAAAAUUUCAAUAUUAGAUUUACAACCUUUCAAGACAUUAAAGAUAAUUUCACGAUUUAUCAACUUGGCGAAUGGAUGGUCGAUUUCUUUUGCCUAAUUCCAUUACAAAUUGCUGUAGCCCGUGAUAAUGAAUUUAUUCCUCUUCAAGACGGUCUUUUUUCUUCUGAGAUAGAAAAACCAUCGUUAGAUGAAGGCUUUGGGUUCAUUGGAAGUGUCAGUAAAGCUAUCUCUUUUGGAUGGUAUGAAGCUAUUUUUGAGCAUUAUGCUGAUUUAGAGGUCAAAGUUAUUUCUUCAAUGGGCGAACAAUCAUGUGGAAAGAGCUAUUUAUUAAAUCAUUAUGUUGGUUCAACUUUUGAUGGAUCUGCAAUGCGUUGCACCGAAGGCGUUUGGAUGUCUCUUGCAAAAACCAAAAAAAUUCUCUAUGUUGCGCUGGAUUUCGAAGGACUUGCUAGCAUUGAGAGAACGCCACAAGAAGAAACUUUUAUGCAGUUGCUUAAUGCGGCGCUUUCUAACCUUGUAUUAUUUAAAAGUCAGUUUGCC